UCCUAUUUGGAUUUACGUCAUGGACUUUGUGGAUGACGUUUUUGGUUACAGCCCAUGGAGAGGGGUACACUAAUGGAAUAACUUGCCAGGGUAUUGACCGCUAACCUGUGGACUGGUUUAUUGUUUACAAAACUCCCCAGGAUCCCCAAGACAAAAACAAGAUGAUAUCUGAGGGCGUGGCCUUCUAUUAUAUGGACUCCCAUCGACCUGUAAUGACCCUUUCUCCCACCCCGAUAGACAAGGAUGGACAUGCCCUUUACAACACACUCCAACAGAUCUAUCUGAAUUACUUCAUGUUGGAAUAUGGCAUGUAUAAUGACGAACCACCGAGGAGUUCCAACAAAACUUGGAAAGAGAAAAAUGAGUUUGGUCAAACCAAAGGUGUAUAUGCAUUUGAUAAGCAGACAGGAUUUUGGUUGAUCUCCAGUAUUCCCGGGUUUCCCCCACACAAAAAUAAGGGAUAUGCAUUUAACAAAGAAGCGCAGCGGAACGGUCACAUGCUUGUCUGUGUCACUUUAAAUACUCAGGAGCUGGUGAACGUCUGUGAGUAA